UUCUGAAAUUUGAAGCUGCAAAUGCUGUAGCAGCCUCUUUGUGCGCUCAAAUACAAACCAGACAACUCAAAAACAAUUAUUAAAAAAUUAGAAAAAAAUAUUAUAUGUAUCUUCCUCUCUGUCUCAUAGGAGAGCUUCCUUCUUUUUUCUCGUUUCCCCUGAGUUCGAUCGUCGGUUUGAGGAUUUCCUCUCAGACUGUCAGCUCGAUGAAGAUUUGAGUUGCCGGAAUACGAAGCUGGAAGAGGAAGAGCGAAAGGGAAAGUGGAAGAACUUUAGUUGGAUUUUGAGCUGCGUAAAUCAAGACAGAGUCCACCUCAUCUUGAGGACUACUUGACAAGUAGAUUUGAAAUUCUGAAGAAGAGAUGACAAAGCAUCGCUUCAGAGAUUCUAUAAAGUCCUUAUUUGGGAGUCACAUUGAUUCAGAGAAUGAUGAAAAACUGAAAGGGGCUAAAAUAGAAAUUGAGGACAAUGUGAAAAAGAUCCUGAAGCUUAUAAAAGACCCAGAUCCUGAAGAAGGAGAUGGUACCCCAGAAAGCUCCAAAAAUGAAGUAGUUGCUCAACUAGUUGAUGAUUUCCACAAACAGUACCAGUCACUCUAUGCACAAUACGAUCAUCUAACAGGAGAGCUAAGGAACAAAAUUAAUGGAAAACAAGGAAAAGAUAAUGGUUCUUCAUCUAGCUCAGACUCGGACUCGGGUUAUUCUUCAAAGGACAAGGGCGGUAAGAAUGGACAAGUGGGAAGUGAAAUUCAGAAAGCUAGUGAUAGCAUUAAGCAAGAACUUGAAACAGCACAUCGAGAAGUUGCUGAUAUGGAGAGGAAGUUGACAGCUAAGAAUGAAGAAAAGGAAGCUCUAAAUUUGGAAUAUCUCACUGCUUUGAGUAAGAUACAAGAAGCAGACAAAACAAUUGCAGAUAUGAAGACUAACAGUGAAAGUUUGGACUUUGAAAAGUCAAAACUUAUGAUUGAGAAUAGUGAAUUGAAAAAAGAACUGGAGGCUGCUGGUAAGGUACAAGCAGAAUUGAAUAGAGAGAGACAUAGUUUGAUCAUGGAGAAAGAGACUGCCAUAAAAAGGAUUGAAGAGGGAGAGCAAAUUACAGAAGGCUUAAGAACAAUGGUUGAUCAGCUGAAAGAUGAAAAAGUAAACCUGGAGCAAGAGGUAGAAGCUGUCAGAUUGGAAGUUUCCAAUAUGAAAGAGCAGCUGGAAUCUGCAGAGCAGCAUGUGUCUGAUUUAAGCCAUAACCUGGAAACUUCCAAGGAAGAGAACAAAUCUCUCAGCUUGAAAAUAUCAGAAAUCUCGAAUGAGAUUCAGCAGGUACAGAACACGAUACAAGAACUCACAGCUGAAUCAAGUCAGUUUAAGGAGAAAUUGGGUGAGAGGGAAAAGGAACUUUCAAAUCUCAAGUAUAUGCAGGAGGCACAUGAGAAGGACUCAUCUACUCGAGUAAAUGGGCUAGAGGCGCAAGUAAAAGACCUGGAACAAGAGCUGGAGUCAUUGCGAUCCCAGAAAAGCAAUAUGGAAGUGCAGAUUGAAAUUAAAGAAACUGAUUAUGGCAAUAUAAUGCAGCAGCUGGUAUCUGCCGAACAGACAAUUUCAGAUUUAAGCCAGGCUCUGAAAGCCACUGAGGAAGAUAAUAAAUCUCUGACUAUGAAAGUCUCAGAUAUUUCAAAUGAGGUUCAGCAGGCACAGAACCUAAUACAGGGACUCACGACCGAAUCAAGUCAGUUAAAGGAGAAUAUAGGCGAGAGGGAAAGAGAAUUUUCAAUUCUCACCGAGAGGCAAGGGGUGCAUGAGAACGAAUCGUCAGAUCGAAUAAAGAGAUUGGAGGGUCAUGUUAAAGGCCUGGAACUAGAACUGGAAUUAUUGCAAAACCAGAAAAGAGAGAUGGAAGUGCAGUUAGAGAGUAAAGCAGCUGAAUCAAGUCAGUUUAAGGAGAAAUUGGGUGAGAGGGAAAAGGAACUUUCAAAUCUCAAGUAUAUGCAGGAGGCACAUGAGAAGGACUCAUCUACUCGAGUAAAUGGGCUAGAGGCGCAAGUAAAAGACCUGGAACAAGAGCUGGAGUCAUUGCGAUCCCAGAAAAGCAAUAUGGAAGUGCAGAUUGAAAUUAAAGAAACUGAUUAUGGCAAUAUAAUGCAGCAGCUGGUAUCUGCCGAACAGACAAUUUCAGAUUUAAGCCAGGCUCUGAAAGCCACUGAGGAAGAUAAUAAAUCUCUGACUAUGAAAGUCUCAGAUAUUUCAAAUGAGGUUCAGCAGGCACAGAACCUAAUACAGGGACUCACGACCGAAUCAAGUCAGUUAAAGGAGAAUUUAGGCAAGAGGGAAAGAGAAUUUUCAAUUCUCACCGAGAGGCAAGGGGUGCAUGAGAACGAAUCAUCAGAUCGAAUAAAGAGAUUGGAGGGUCAUGUUAAAGGCCUGGAACUAGAACUGGAAUUGUUGCAAAACCAGAAAAGAGAGAUGGAAGUGCAGUUAGAGAGUAAAGCAGCUGAAUCAAGUCAGUUUAAGGAGAAAUUGGGUGAGAGGGAAAAGGAACUUUCAAAUCUCAGGUAUAUGCAGGAGGCACAUGAGAAGGACUCAUCUACUCGAGUAAAUGGGCUAGAGGCCCAAUUAAAAGACCUGGAACAAGAGCUGGAGUCAUUGCGAUCCCAGAAAAGCAAUAUGGAAGUGCAGAUUGAAAUUAAAGAAACUGAUUUUGGCAAUAUAAAGCAGCAGCUGGUAUCUGCCGAACAGACAAUUUCAGAUUUAAGCCAGGCUCUGAAAGCCACUGAGGAAGAUAAUAAAUCUCUGACUAUGAAAGUCUCAGAUAUUUCAAAUGAGGUUAAGCAGGCACAGAACCUAAUACAGGGACUCACGACCGAAUCAAGUCAGUUAAAGGAGAAUUUAGGCGAGAGGGAAAGAGAAUUUUCAAUUCUCACCGAGAGGCAAGGGGUGCAUGAGAACGAAUCAUCAGAUCGAAUAAAGGGAUUGGAGGGUCAUGUUAAAGGCCUGGAACUAGAACUGGAAUUGUUGCAAAACCAGAAAAGAGAGAUGGAAGUGCAGUUAGAGAGUAAAGCAGCUGAAGUAAGAGAACUGGGAGAACAAAAUAUAGAACUGCAAGCCCAAGUUUCAGAAUUUGAAAUCAUGUCAAAGGACAGAGAAGAUGAGAUAUCUGCUCUCAUGAGGGAAAUUGAGGAGAACAAGAGUGAAUCUCUGUCUAGAAUAACUGAAUUGACGGCAGAGAUCAAUAAUCUGCUGGUGGACUUAGAUUCUUUACGUUCUCAGAAAGGUAAAUUGGAAGAACAGAUUGUAUGUACAAGUGCUGAAGCAUCAUCUCAAGUAAAGGGCUUAAGGGAUGAGAUCAAUGAAUUGCAGCAGAAACUGGAGACCCUACAUAGUGAGAAAAGCGAGUUGGAAGUACAACUUGAGAAAAAAACUAAAGAAAAUUCAGAAUAUCUGAUUCAUGUAGAAAAUCUGAAAGAGGAGAUAGCAAGCAAGACUCUGGUCCAACAUGGAGUUUUACAAGAGAAAGAAAGUUUAGAAGUGCAAGUAAAGAAUCUUGAAUCUGUGGUGGACACUAUCCGCAGACAGAAAAGUGAACUUGAAGAGCAGCUUGGCGCUAAAGAACUCGAGAACAUUCAAUGGACAGAGGAGAAGCGGGGGCUACGUGACAAGAUUUUUGAACUGGAGAAAACAGUGGCAGAUAGAGGGUUCGAGUUCUCUGCUCUGCACGAAAAGCUUAAAAGUGGAGAGAAUGAAACUACUGCUCAAAUAAUGACCUUUGAGGCAAAGAUUAGCAAUCUACAACAGGAGUUGGAAUCCUUCAAAAGCCAGAAAAAUGAGAUAGAGUUGCAGUUUGAAAGAGAGAAACAGGAACUUUCAGAAAGUCUGGCCCAAAUGGAGAAUCAAAAAAUUGAGUUAACAAGCAAGAUCACCAUUCAUCAGAGAAUGCUGGGAGAACAGGAGGAUGCAUACCACAAACUAAAUGAGGAAUAUGAACAGCUCAAAGGUCAGCUUCAGGUAUGCAAGUUAAAUCUUGGAGUUGCAGAGAAGAAGAUUGAGGAAACAGCAGAGAAAUUCCGUAAGAUCAUUGAAUCCAAAGAUCAGAUGGUAGCUGAAUUGGAAGAAGUGGCUGAAGAACUAAGAAGAGAUCUAGAAUUAAAAGAAGAUGAACAUAGUUCUUUAGUUGAGAAUGUCCGUACAAUUGAAGUUAAGCUCCGCCUGUCAAACCAGAAGCUCCGGGUCACCGAACAGUUACUAACUGAAAAGGAAGAAGCUUUUAGAAUUACAGAAUUGAAGUUCCAGCAAGAACAGAGAGCACUUGAAGAAAGAAUAGAUACAUUGACUGGAAUAAUUACUAGCAACAAUGAAGCUCAUCGAAGGAUGAUUACGGACAUCUCUGAGAGUGUGAACAGUACCUUGACAGAACUGGAAAGGGUGAUCCUAAAGUUUGAAGAAGACUACAAAAAAUAUGAGAAUUGUAUGUUGGAAAUAUCAAAUGAGCUUCAAAUUGCGAAGAACUGGGUCAUGGAGACUAAAAAAGAGAAAGAGCAACUAAAGAAGGAGAUACACCAUCUAGUAGAGCAGCUACAAGAUGAGAAAGACAAGGAAUCGUCAUUGAGAGAGAGGGUUGAGAAGUUAGAGGUCAAGGCAAGCAGGGAAGAAAUAGAGAGAGAGAAUAUGAGCAAAGCAUUAAAACAGCUUGAGAAGACGGUCGCAGAGUUAGAACACUUGAUAAAAGAAAAGGACGUUGGAAUGUUGGGUCUUGGGGAGGAGAAGAGGGAGGCCAUAAGGCAGCUGUGCGUGUGGAUCGAUUAUCACCGCAGUCGGUAUGAUUAUCUCAAGGAAAUGCUCUCAAAGGUGACUGCCAGAGGGCAGAGGGCACGCUAAUUGUCCGAUUAUUCUACAUGUAUGUGUAUGUCCAUUUCAGUUUUUGCACCCAUUAUUGUUUCUAUUGAUUCUUUUUCUUUCCUUUUUAUUUAUUCCUGGGAGGCUGGCAAUUGGGUUGUUAAAACAUUUUACGCGACGCUUAAUUCUAAAAUAUCAGCAUUUUAUACGAAA